AUGGUCAUAUACAACGUCAGUGUUUCAAGUUUCAAGCUUGAUAUGCCCACGUUACUGGUUAAAGUUUUGUGUGCCCCUAAUGAAUUUUCUAAUCAAACGAUAGCUGCAACGUGCCAGAAGUAUGGCAAAAUAGUGAAGGUGGAUCGGGAAAUGUAUCGUGAAAUGUAUCGUGAUUGGCCUAAUGAGGGGAUUCCCCGUCGUCUCUUUAUUGGUCCUUAUCCGAUAGAAACUAGAUGUCGUGGGCAAGUGCCUUUAUGUGGCAGAUGUGGCGAAUAUGGACAUCGUGUUGCUACGUGUUCAAAUGAUGUAAAGUGUUUCAAGUGUGGUCAAAAUGGUCAUAUACAACGUCAAUGUUUCAAGUGUUUUCUAUGUGGCCAGUUUGGGCAUGUCAGGGCAAAUUGUCUAGAGAAUCGACGUGACGUGUCCAAUGACAGAGAUGAUGAAACGUCGGAAAGUAAUUUGAGUAGCGAUAUCGGUCGUGAUGAAGACGGUUGUGAAGUCUCCUGGUCGAGCAAUGAAGAUAUGGACCCUGUGGAAUCGACAUGUUGUAAGGAUCCAGCUGGCAUCAGAGAUGAAAUUAUGAACGGGAUAUACAAUGAUGCCAGCCAACAUCACCCAACAGAACAAGGAUCUGUCCAAACAGUCGAGAACAACAAAAGAAAAGCAGAAGAGGACGUUUCCAUACCUGACGAAGGUGUUAAGGUUCCUGAAGACUCCACUGACCAACGUGUCAGUGAUAUAGGAGGCUCACCUGAAGAACAGAAAAAUAGACCGAUAAGGGGAAAAAGAAGAAGAAGAAAAAACAUAAUAAAAAUUAAGGGUCAAUGGCGGAAAUGA